AUGGACACUGUCGUAGCAGGAGCCGCAGCAGCCUUCACGGUGGAUCUGCUCAUCUACCCACUCGACACGCUCAAGACCCGACUACAAGCUCCCGACUAUGCCACGCGCUUUCCUGCAGGUAGGGGCCUCUAUGGAGGAUUGUAUCAAGGUGUUGGAAGCGUCAUCAUUGCCACUCUUCCAGCUGCCGGGCUGUUCUUUUCCACUUACGAGCAGACAAAAACCGUCUUGGGAUCGUCGAAUUCACCACUUGCAAAUACACCACCAGCACUGUCGCACAUGCUUGCUAGCUCGACAGCAGAGCUAGUGUCAUGUCUCGUCUUGACCCCGGCCGAGAUUAUCAAGCAACGGGCACAAGUUGUCAAUAAGCAGCGGAACCAGACUCGAUCCUCGUCAAGCAGUACAAGCUCAUCGUCAGCUUGUCCGGCGACUACAGCAGUAGGAGCGGCAAAGGAAGUGGUACAAAAAGCCGAACCACGAGAAUCCAAAGUAUGCCUUGCAAAAAGGACAGUUGCACAUGCGGCCGACAAGGUGUCCAAACAAGCUCCUCCAGGCAGCGCUGCCUCUACAGCAAGGAACAUACUUCUUGACGCGCAUGAGAGGUUGCAGCAAGUGAGCGCACAGCCCUCCACCCGACCCACAAUAGCACCCGUCGCCUCUGUUUUUGCUCGCUCCUACCUUGCUCUAGCAGGUCGCAACUUGCCCUUCACCGCAUUGCAAUUUCCGAUCUACGAGUCACUACGAGAAUCGCUCGGAAAGUGGGUGGGUCUCAAAGCCGGGACGCACAAAGAGGACGGCGAGGUUGAUGACAUACGAUCAUCCGAGCAACUCAGAUGUAAAGCCACACAGGACAAGAUGAGUGUAGCUACCGAAUUCGGAAAGGCAGGGAUGGUGGCAGGCGGGUCAGCAGCGAUUGCGGGUUCGUUUGCGGCUGUGGUCACAACGCCAAUCGAUGUAGCCAAGACAAGGAUCAUGUUGGACACAGAUGCAGGCAGAGCAAAGACAUCAUUGGGUGUGUUGGCGACAAUGAGAGACAUUAUGGCUAAGGAAGGGUGGAAGGCAUUGAUGAAAGGAGGUGCUUUGCGCGGCGCGUGGACUGCGUUGGGAGCGGGUGUGUAUUUAGGCAGUUAUGAAGCGGGUCGAUUGUGGUGGAGAGACAGACAGCAGAGAUUGAAGAAGACGUGA